AUGAUGCCAGGCAGUAAAGUGAAAUAUGCUACAGACGCAGAAUUCAGCAAAGCAGUUCGUAAAUUCAGUAAAGUGAAAUAUGCUGACAACCUAAAGUUUAGGUGUGCAGUUCGGGAAAAUGUAAAAAAGAAACGUGCUGUUUUAAAACAAAAUCUUGAAAGUUUUUCUCAAGUUUUAAAAGACUUUAAUUCUAUCAUAAGGAAUGGGCCAGAUUUUGUGUGUUGUGUUUGCCAUAGGUUGCUCUUUAAGCAUCAAGUGUCUCUUUGUAAAAUGGAUAAGUACAAGACUACAAAGGAAAUGCAGGCAGUAGCUGAGCACUGUAUCACUGAAGAUUAUCUACAUAAGUGUGGUCCAGGGUGUGAUGUUCCAUGCAACUGGUUGGCAACAAGCAAAUCUCAGUUGUGGAUUUGUCACAAUUGUGAUUUUAAACUCUGCCAAAGUAUUAUGCCUCCAGAAAGUGUUUUAAAUAACUUGCAGCUUGAAACAGUACCACCAGAGCUCAGUUGUCUAAACAGUUUAGAACAACAUUUGGUAGCUUUACAUAUUCCGUUUAUGAAGCUCUUAGCUUUACCUAAAGGAGCACAAAAUGGUGUUCAUGGACCAGUUACUUGUGUUCCUUCAAAUGUUGUUGAUACAACAAACUUGCUACCACGAGCUAACAUGCAGGGGUCUAUGUUGUGUGUUAAGUUAAAACGUAAGUUAACAUAUAAAGGGCAUUAUGAAUAUAAAUAUGUGAACACUGAGCAUGUAAAGAGAGCAUUGCAGUUUUUGAAAAAAAACAACCCAUAUUAUGCUAACAUAAAUUACAACGAAAAUUGGUUAAAUGAAUUUGAAGAAUCAAGUCAACAAAAUAUCAAUGAAAAUGAAAUUUACUCAUCGCUUUCAAAUCAUAGUUGUGUUGACACAGAAGAGGCAGAUAAUGUCAAUUUCACAGCUGACCACACAGAACAACCACACAUCGAAUCAGAUGAGACUUUACAUGACAGACAAACACAUGGUAUGUUUAUGGAUACGUGUCUUCAGCCAGUUGAUUUAGGCCAAGAAAUCUUAGAUCAAUAUGAUAAUAUUUUAAACAUAGCUCCUGCAGAAGGUAACAAUCCCAUUCGGUUACUUUCUGACAAAAGUAAUGAGGCUAAAAGUUUUCCAGCAUUGUUUCCAAUGGGUGGUCCAACAUUUCAUGAUUUUAGAAAUCAGCGGCUUACACUGUCACGCUAUUUUAACAAUCGUAUUUUGAAUGCAGAUAGUAGGUUUGCUAACAAUAAUGAAUACAUCUUCUAUGCUCAGUAUAUGAGUGAAGUAGAACAGGUUUCAUCUAGCAUAUCAAUAGCAAUGCGCAAAGGCCACAAUUCAAACACAUCUAGGGAAUUUUCUGCAGAGUUAGUGAAAGAUAAGCAAACGCUAAAGCAGUUUCUGAACUGUGAUGAUGGUUAUAGGUUUCUUCGACCCAUCAGAGGAACACCUGUGUAUUGGUCAGGUGUUCAAAAAGAUUUGUUUGCCAUGGUAAGGCAGCUUGGCAUACCUACAUUUUUUUGUUCCUUCAGUUCAGCAGAUAUGAGAUGGGACAAUUUAUUAGAAAGCAUGCUGCAACAGGAAAACAGGACUGAUAGUGUAGACAGUUUAGAUUGGGCAGAUAAAUGUGGCCUAUUGCGACGUAACCCAGUUAUAGCAGCACGCAUGUUUGAUUUUAGAUGGCAUACAUUUUUAAAUAAAGUAAUCUUGUCACCGAGUCAACCAAUAGGUAAAGUAGUGGAUUAUUUUUAUCGUGUUGAGUUUCAGCAAAGAGGGAGUCCCCAUGUACAUGCAAUGUUUUGGGUGGACAAUGCUCCUCAAAUUGAUAAAGAUGAUGACAAUAAUGUGGUAAAAUUCAUAGACCAAUAUAUAUCAUCUGAAUUACCAAGGAAUGACAAUGAACUUGUUGAAAUUGUCUCAACUGUUCAAAUGCACAGUAGGAGGCAUUCAAAAACGUGUCGAAAGCGCAACAGUGUAUGUCGUUUUAAUUUUCCACGACCACCUUCAAAUAAAACGUUUAUUUCUAGAAAAACAAAAGAAGAGGAAUCAACUAAAAAGUGCAGUUGCAGUGCAGUUUCCUGUACAUGUCCUUGUGAAGUCUCAAAUAAGGUCAUGAAUAAAGAACAGGCAACAAAAAUAUUAGCUAUGGUAAAGUCAGCUAUAUCUACAGAUACAAAUACUUGUAAUACAGUUUCUGAGUUGUUUGCCAGUAUUGGUAUUAACCAAGAAAUGUUUGAACUGGCGUAUAACAUUGCUGGCAGAAAAACUCAAGUUGUUCUGAAAAGAGAAAUUACAGAUUUGUGGGUAAAUCCCUAUAAUAAAAACUUACUGAAGGCUUGGAAUGCUAAUAUGGAUAUUCAAUAUAUAGUAGAUGCAUAUGCAUGCAUUGUAUACAUCAUUUCAUACAUUUCCAAGGCUGAAAAGGAGAUGGGAUUGUUAUUAAGUGCUGCCCAUCGUGAAGCUUCAAAGCACAACAAUGUUGAUGUAAAAGGCACAUUGCAACAAUUGGGCAGUGUUUAUUUACAUAAUCGGGAUGUAGGUGCUCAAGAAGCAGUGUAUAGACUGACAAAUAUGCAUCUAAAAGAAGCUUCACGUAAAGUAGAGUACAUACCCACAGGUGAUAAUUGUGUUCGGCUGAGCCUGCCACUAAAAGUGCUUCAGCAGAAAGCACAGUCAAAUGAGCUCACCGAAAAAGCCAUGUGGAUGACAAACCAUGUUGAUAGGUAUAAAGCAAGGCCAGUAAGAGACCCUUUUCAGGACAUGUGUAUAGCAGUAUUUGUGUCUCAAUAUCGUGUUGUGGGCAGAACAGAGAAAUGUGCAGACAAAAUUCAGCUGCAAAAUAAUGCAGGGUUUGUUAAAAAAAGAACUAGGUCAAAGCCAGCGGUUGUAAGAUAUGCAAGAUUCUCUGUUGAUUCCAAUCCGGAAAAAUAUUAUCAAAGUAUUUUGCAAUUAUUCUUGCCAUACCGCUGUGAAAAUGACUUAAAACCAGCUGACUUCCCAACAUUUGAACUAUUUUAUCACAAUGGCCAAUAUGAAAUAAAUGGCUCAAUGCAAAAUGUGAAAAAUGUAGUAGAUGAAAAUAAGCAAUUAUUUGAAAAAGAUGAUGAAAUUCUUUCUCAAGUUCAGCAUGUUGUGGUUGAUAAUGGCAUUUUAGAAGAUGCAUGGUGUGAGAUGUGUCCGGAGCAAGAGUCAGAGUGCUUAGAAUGCCAGGAGGAAAAAACACAAAGACCAGUAGAGGCUGAGGAGCAUGUAGAUCAAAUUCCUGAUUUAUCUGUUCCAAGUGUAAAAAAACAUAGUUUUGAGCCAAAUUUGAAUGUACUUUGUAGAUCAGAUGCUCUCAAUCUGCUGAGGUCUCUUAACUCUGAGCAGAAAGACAUAUUUUAUCAAGUUAGACAAUGGUGUUUAGAUAAAGUUAGAGGGAAACAGCCAGAGCCUUUCCAUUUGUUUAUUACUGGAGGUGCAGGAACAGGGAAGACACACUUAAUUAGAAGUAUUCAUUAUGAAGCAACCAGGCUUUUAUCACAGGUUUCAAGUGCUCCAGACAAGGUGUCAGUGCUAUUAACAGCUCCUACUGGAAUUGCUGCAUUUAACUUGGGAGCUGGUACAAUUCAUUCUACCUUUUCAAUAGGGACAGAUGUAAAACUUCCCUACACACCUUUAGGAGAAGAAAAAUUGAAUACGUUGCGUGUUUUAUUUAGUGAUUUACAUAUAUUGAUCAUAGAUGAGAUUUCUAUGGUAGAUCACAGUCUUCUAGCUUACAUUCAUGGUAGAUUACGACAAAUAAAGCAGACAGGCGACUACUCUCCUUUUGGGAAAGUUAGUGUAAUUGCAGUAGGAGACUUUUUCCAGCUGCCUCCAGUAAAGGGAAAGCCACUAUACUUGGAAAAUGCCCCAUUAGAUUUGUGGAAUGGCAUGUUUUCUAAGUCAGAGUUAACCACCAUUGUUAGACAGAAAGACUCUGCUUUUGCUGAAAUUCUGAAUAGACUACGUACACAUCACAGGUCUACACCAUUGUCACUGCAGGAUGUACAUGCUCUUAAACAGAGGGAAACUGGGGAAACAUCUUCUGCGCUGCAUAUUUUUGCAACAAAUGCUCAGGUAGAAGAGCAUAAUGUUAAGCAAAUUAUUGCAUCUUGCCCUGAACAUAUUUGUGUAGAGGCACAAGAUUAUGAAAAAAAUCGCCAAACUGGAAAAAUGCAGCUUAAAAAUGGACACUUUUCUAAAGUAUUUAAUUCAUGCUUACCAGAAAAGUUGUUAAUAGGAGAAGGUGCACGAGUAAUGCUAAUUAAAAAUAUUGAUGUUACUGAUGGGCUUGUGAAUGGUGUCUGUGGUACUGUUACAGACAUAGCACAUGAUAAAAAUAGCACAUUGGUGAAAACUGUGUUUGUUCAGUUUGAUGAUCAAAAAGUUGGCCAAAAUAGUCGAAAGCGUACACCACCACCUAGACAUAUCAUACAUUCAACACCAAUUAAUUUGGAAGAGGAGCGUGUUACUAGCAAGGGAGGAUUGCGCAGGCAAUUUCCAUUAAAAUUGGCUUGGGCUUGCACUGUGCACAAAGUGCAGGGACUAACGGUAAAACAAGCAGUUAUAUCACUUAAAAAGAUUUUUGCACCUGGACAGGCUUAUGUUGCUUUAAGUCGAGUAGAGACUUUAAGUGGGUUAAUCAUUCAGGAUUUUGCUGAUAAAGCAAUUUAUUGUAGAAGUAAUAUCCAGGAAUGUAUUAAUAACAUGGCACAAUUUUCAUUAUAUAAUGUCAGUCCAAUUAAAACGCAGAACUCUUUUUCGGUUCUUUUAAUGAAUGUUCAGGGUCUAAACUGCCAUUUGUUAGACUUAACUGCUUCAGCACAAUCCUUUAGUUAUCCUUGUAUAGCGGUAACAGAGACUUGGCUACCUGCAAAUGUAUCAGGUGAUUCGACUCACAUUGAAGGUUACCAGUUUCAUAGUGCUCCACGUUGCCUUGCUUACAGUUCAGACAACCCUCUGUUAAAAUCAAUUCAGCAACAACAACAUGGGGGUGUUGGAAUGUACUGCAAAGAUAAUACUGAUUAUAGUAUUUUAGACAUUUCAGGUGUAAAUAUAGAAUGCAUUAUAUGUCAAUUCAACCAGCUUGAAAUAAUAAUAGUUGUGAUAUACAGACCACCACAAUAUUGUUUAUCAUUGUUCCAAAAAUACAUCAGUCAAUUAUGCAAUACAUUAUGCAAUUUGUCAGAUAACAUCUUUCUAAUUGGCGAUUGGAACCAUGAUGAACUGAAAUCUCAUGCCAUGUCUAUGUUUAUGGAAAAUCUAGGCUAUUCUCAGUGUGUAACAGAAUGUACCACUGAAAAUGGAACACUGAUUGAUCAUGUGUACAAAAAAAUGACAUCUAACUACACCAUCAAUACACAAGUUAUGCCAAUGUAUUUUAGUUCACAUGAAGCAAUUCAUUGUACAUUUUCACAAACAUAAGUGUUCCUCUCAAAUAUAAAAAACUAUUAAAAACUAUAAUCAUAAGUAUAUCACUAAUUUAAUGUGUACAACUUUAG